AUCGACCUGUUCUGAAUGUUGUGGGGGGACAUUUCUCCCCAGCCAAUUACAAGCAUCAUUUACUUUACUUUCAUAUGAACUUUGAUACCUUUUCAAAAAGGGAUUUUUUGCCCACCUUCCCUACAGAAUCCCAUGCUCCAUCCAUGACAGUGUGGGGGUCCAGAGUGAAGCGCUGCAUGGGGCCUAACGUCUACACGGCUCCCCCAGAUGGUGGCUGGGGCUGGGUGGUGGCGGUCUCCUUCUUCCUGGUGGAAGUGUUCACCUACGGAGUCAUCAAGAGCCUGGGCAUCUUCCUCCAGGACCUGAUGGAGGAGUUUGGGGAGAGCAACAGCCGAGUCUCUUGGAUCAUCUCCAUCUGUGUCUUCGUCAUGGCCUUCACUGCUCCUCUCGCUUCUGUGAUGACCAACCGGUUUGGCUUUCAGACAGUUGUUAUGAUUGGUGGACUCCUCGUCUCCAUAGGAACCAUCGCCAGUGGCUUCACCAGAUCCAUCAACGAGAUGUACAUCACCAUCGGACUCUUUGCAGGUCUGGGGUACUGUCUGACCUUCCUGCCCACAAUUACUCUCCUGUCCCAGUACUUCUCCCACCGACGCUCCCUGGUCACAGCUGUCGCCUCCACAGGAGAGUCCUUCUCUGUGUUCGCCCUCGCCCCAGCCUUCUCUGCUCUGAGGGACUGUAUCGGCUGGCGUUACACCCUGGUGGUGAUCGGAGCUCUACAGGGCAUCAUCAUCAUCUGUGGAGUUCUGCUAAGACCCAUCAUCAUCAGACCUGGACCAGCCACGACGACAGAAACUGAUGGACUGGCUGACAAAGAGCUGAAGGCUCUGGAUACUCUGGACACACAGGAGGACUCUGGAGAGUCUGAAAACUCUGAAGUUCAGUUCCUCCAUCACCAGGUCCUGAAGGACGGCAGUAAGGCAGGGGAGGAGAUAGAGGAGGAGGAGGCGUCUUCACAGAGGUGCUUAGGAAGCAAGGAGAAGGAGAUGGAGAAGGAUGAGGAGACGGAGGAGAAGGAUAUGGAGCAGACACAAACACUAUCCCCCCAGAAACUCCUUGACUUCUCCAUGUUAAGAGAAGGCAGCUUCAUCUGCUACGCUCUCUUCGGCCUUUUUGCCACAUUGGGUUUCUUCGCCCCUCAGCUCUACAUCAUCGAGCUGAGUGUGAACCGUGGCGUGAAGCGUGACCGCGCCGCCCACAUGCUCUCCGCCAUGGCCUUUGCCGAGAUCUUCGGCCGCCUCUCCAUUGGUUGGGUGCUAGGCAGGAAGCUGUUCAGAGGCAGGAAGCCCCUGGUGCUGCUGGGAUGUGUAGUUCUGCUGUGCCUGGUGCUGGUAGCCUUUACCCUGGUGUGGGAGUUCUGGGGCCUGGCCGUGUGUUGUGGGUUCUAUGGGUUUUUUAUAGGCACCGUGUCUUCGACACAUAUACCCAUGCUGGCAGAGGAGGAUGUGGUGGGCAUAGAAAGGAUGUCGUCAGCUGUGGGGGUCUAUGUGUUUAUACAGAGCUUCGCUGGGCUGGCGGGACCACCUCUGGGAGGUGUUCUUGUGGACCUGACUCAGAACUACGGCUCAGCGUUCUACUCCUGUGCGGUGGGUAUGGGUCUAGGGGCUGUGUUCCUGGGUCUGGUACGACCAGCCAAGAGAGGCCUGCUCUGCUGCAGCACAACCAAGCCUCAGAGCAUUUCGUAUUAUUCUGUAUGUAAAUCCGAGACACUACAUUUACUAUGA